AUGGGCCAGGCGCCGAGCCAGUCCAGCGCAGAGGCCGUGAAUGCCCGGGAUUCCAGCCUCCCGGCUGGAGGUUUCCAGUCGGGCCUCUACAGCUUCCUGCUGGGCUGCACAACUCCCUGUUCUGAUGCCGGGUUUGGUGAGAGCAGCGGCUCGCUUGCAAAAGUGGUGCAGCACUGCUGCAUAGCAUCAGAGAGGGAGGGCGUGUUGGAGCUCGUGGAACAGCAUCGCGUGAUCGGGGAUGCAGUGACACUGAUCGAAGAUAACGCCUGGUCUGCGCCCAUGGGCACGGAGAUCCUGGAAGGCUGCCGGCGGAAGCUGCACAGCCGUCCUCAAACUGACCGGAGGUUCGAGGAGAUCUACAAGCUUGGCUACCAGAUAGGCGAGGGAUCGUUCGGCAACGUGCACAAGGCUUCAGCCAACUCUCCGGCGGGUGCGAAAGCCCGCACCGUGGCAGUCAAGGUUUUCUCGUUGGGCUCGCCGAUCGCUUCCCCGCAGGCCAAGAUUGAGAGCGAGGAAAGCAAGCGAAAGUUUUCGAGCUUCGUCAGCGAGUAUGCCAUGCUGUCUCGCCUAGAUCAUCCUCAGAUCAUCCGGAUGCACGAAAGCUUCCAGACCGCGUCCGAUCUGCAUCUCGUUCUGGAGAUGUGUCAGGGCGGCGAGCUCUAUGCCUUGCUUGUGAGGCGAAUCAAGGAGGAGAACAGCGGCGGCCACGGCCUGCUGGAGGAGGACGUUCGAGUGUUCUUCAGGCAGAUGCUGUGGGCGGUGGGCUAUCUUCACAGUCGCCGGAUCGUGCACCGCGACAUAAAGCCGGAGAACUUCCUGGUCUACGGGGAGCCCGGCGAGCCGCAGGCCGAUGUCCUGAAGCUUUGUGACUUCGGCACCGCCAUGCUGCUUACGGACCAGAAGCCUAGGUCCAUGGUCAACAUCGGCACGCUCUCCUACACUGCACCCGAGGUGUACAUGCGCAAGGGUGCAGACCUUCCAGCCGAUACAUGGUCUCUGGGUGUGGUUCUCUAUGUCAUGCUGACGGGCACAAACCCUUUCAGGGCCGGCAAAGACACCUCGAAGCAGGACACUGUCAAGAAGAUCAAGACGGGUGAGUUUGCGACGCAGCGCCCGGGCUGGCUGAAAGUUUCUGAGAACGGGCAAGACCUGGUCCGGAAGCUCUUGGUCCUUGGCGAAGACAAACGCCUCACCUGUGUGCAGGCCCAGAAGCACGAGUGGCUGCUUGCUGCCCGGAGGAUGUCCCUGCCUCCGGAUGAGGAGGAGCCCGAGACGCUGGCGGUCACCGUGGUGCGCUUGCUGCGGCAGAUGCAGCGACUUGAGGAUCCGCAGAGGUAUGCGCUGUUGACUUGUGCCCUGGGUGCCACGGAGGCCGAUCUUCCACAGCCCAGCGCUUGGCGCUUGCUCUUUCUCGGCCUGGACCAGGACUCUGACGGAGUGCUCAGCAUGGAGGAACUCACGUCUGGCCUCAGGAAGCUUGCGGGUGUUCCGCGAGCAGAGGUGUCGGAUGACGAGCUGAACACAGCAGCAAAGGCUGCUGACGUGGAUGGAAGUGGAAACAUCGAUUGGGCCGAGUGGCUGGCUGUCGGACUCCUCAGCGCAGAGCUUUCACAGGCAGAUGUGCUCCUGGAGACCGCGCAUCGGCUUCUGUGCAGGCUCUGGAGCGAGAACAGCACGAACGACGUGGUGCUCGCCAUCUGGAAGUUUGCCCAGGAGCUGAGGCCGCAACAACAGAAGGAAGCAGGCAAAGUACCGCUUUCCAUCGCUGACCUGCGGCUUGUGCUGACAAGCUGCCAGGGGCAGAAGUAA